AUGAUAGCAGGUACAAGAGUGAAUCCAUAUUUUUAAAGCAAUCGUAGAGGUGGAAGUGCUUUAAAGGGUGGAAGAUUAGAAAAUAAUAGUAGUUUUUAAACUCCAAAAAUGAUUAUGCAAAACUCUGCUGAAGAGAAAUUUUAGGUAACUUUAAUUAUUUUAAAUGUUAGAAUAAACAAUAAGAUGUAAGUCAAUUGAGAUAAAGUCCAUCUUUUAAAUUGAAAAAUACAAGAUUUCUAACUCCAGGAAAGCAAGAAGAAAUACGAAAAUAAUCAAAUAUUUAAGAAACCUAUGCUCGUAAAACAAGAAUCACAGUAUUGGAGUCAUUCUAUCAUUAACUAGGAACUGAUGAUGACAUAUCAGUUUUAAAAAAUACUUAAUAAGUAAAAAGAAAGUUGAUUAAUAUAACACCAUCUUCUUAAACUGCAUAUAUCUCGAAAAAAACAUAAGAACUAGAAGAAGAAAAUAUAGAGGAAGCUCAUUUCUAGUUUGUAUAAAUGCAAUAGAAAUAUAAAUAAUGGUUGGAGAACUUUGAAAAGAAGUGUGGAAAGCAUUUUUGA